AUGACAACAGGCCUGUGGCUGGGCCCUGUGCAGGCCAUGGAGACGGGGAGCGGCGGCGGGUCGCCGGUGGCGAACGCGACGGGCUGCCCGGCGGCCGUGCUGGGGCUGGCCGCCGUCUUCAUGGCGCUGGUGGACGCCGCCGUCGCCAGGAACGUGACGGGCAGCGAGCGCGCCGCGCGACGCCGGCCCCCGGCCGCGCCCGCGCCGCCCCCGGACGCCCCCUACGACUUCAUCAUCGUGGGCGGCGGCACCGCCGGCUGCGUGCUCGCCAACCGCCUCUCCGAGGUGCCUGACUGGAAGGUGCUGGUGCUGGAGGCUGGAGGCGAGGAGCCGUACGAGGCGCUGGUGCCGCCGUUCGCGCCGCUGCUGGAGAACACGUCGGACUGGGGGCUGCGCAGCGCCGGGGGCGGCCGCGCGUGCGGCGGGGGCGGCUGCGCCUGGCCGCGGGGGCGGGGGCUCGGCGGCUCCAGCGUGCUGGGCGCCGGCAUGUACGCGCGCGGCUUCCCGCAGGACUACGACCGCUGGGCCGAGCACGGCAACCCCGGCUGGGGCUUCGAGGACGCGCUCAAGUACUUCCUGCGCUCCGAGGACAACCUGGACGCCGACGUGGCCGCCGACGGCCGCCACCACGCCAGGGGCGGCCCGCUGCCCGUGCAGAGGUACCCGUUCGCGGACGACAACGCGCGCGCCCUGGUAUCGGCGUUCCGGGAGCUGGGGCUGCAGGAGGUGGACGCGGCGGGCGCCGCCCCCGAGGGCGUGGCCAUCACGCAGGCGGCCAGCCGAGACGGGGAGCGCGCCAGCGCCAACGCCGCCUUCCUGCGGGCCGCGCGCGCCAGGCCCAACCUCACAGUCCGCACCGGCGCCACCGUCACCAAGGUGGACAUCGAGGCGGGCAGCCUGCGCGCCACCGGCGUGCGCUACGUGCUGGCCGGCUCCAACGCGACGCUGCGCGCGCGCGCCUCCCGUGACGUCAUCCUGAGCGCGGGGGCGGUGGCCAGCCCGCAGCUGCUCAUGCUGUCCGGCGUGGGGCCCAGCGAGUGGCUGCGGCCGCUCGGCAUUCCCGUGCUCCGGGACCUCAGCGUCGGCUACAACCUGCAGGACCUGGUGAGCUCCGGCGGCGUGACGCUGGUGCUGGAGCAGACCGCGACGGCGCCGCGCCACCCCCGCCAACAGCUGGUCGACCUGGCCAGGUACAUCCAGCUGGGCAACGGGCCGCUCUCCGCCACCGGCGUCCACCAGGUGACGGCGUUCAUGCGGUCGCAGUACGCGAAGCUGCCGCAGCACUACCCGGACAUCCAGUUCCUGUUCGAGUCCGAGCUGGUGCCGGUGAACGGCUCGGCCGGCGCGCCGCAGACGGCUCCCGCGGCCAACGCGUCCUGCUUCAGCGCCACCAUCGACAACGCGACGCGGGCCCUGGAGGCGCGGCUGCGCGCCAACGCCACAGCCGCCUCUAAUGCCACGGCAGCCACCAACACCACGGCGCCCGCGCCGCGGUGCCACAGCAACGCCACGGCGCAGCCGCUGGCCUACUACAACCGCAUCGUGGUGCGGCCGGCGGUGUUGCGGCCGCGCAGCCGCGGCAUCGUCAGGAUCAACACGACGGACCCGCUGCGGCCGCCGCAGAUCUUCCCCGGCUACUUCUCGGAGCGGCGCGACCUCUACGUGCUGAUCGAGGCGCUGCUGGUGGGGGCGCGCCUGUCGCAGACGCGGGCGCUGCGCAGCCUGGGGGUCGCGCUCGACCCCACGCCGCUGCCGCGCUGCCGCAGCUUCCUGUUCGGCUCGUUCGCCUACUGGCAGUGCGUGGCGCUGCAGUACACGAGGACGAUGCACCACCCGGCGGGCACCUGCAAGAUGGGCGCCGACUUCGACCCCAACGCCGUCGUGGACGCCGAGCUGCGCGUGCGCGGCGUGCAGGGCCUGCGCGUCGUCGACGCCUCCGUCAUGCCCUUCGUCGUCAGCGCCGCCUCCAGCGCGCCGGUCGUCAUGAUUGCCGAGAAGGCGGCCGACAUGAUCAAGCGCCGCUGGCUCUGGCUGGACAACUCGACGCUCGUCAACACCACGGCGGCGAACGCGACGGCGGACGUGCCCGCGAUGCCCAAGAGGGUGCCGCCCAAGAACGCCACCGGGAGGCCCACAAGCAGUGGCAAGAUGGUGCCUAACCUGCUGGGUAUGCUGACUCCAAUGCCUUCGGGUGGCAACAAAACUGCCGGAGACAAGGACACUUCCAAAAAUGAAGUCAAGGAAUCUACAAUGUGGUGGCCCUUCUCCAACAUACCUUGGCAGAAACUGAAAAUAUGGUGAAGUUUCGUCGUUCUCGCACCAUUGAUGUAUUCCUUGACAAGAAAACUUUAACCGAAUCACCAUAUUACAUACAGACAAUGCGUUAUGUAUCGAUGCUCGGGAAAGUCGUUCGACGCAAGUACAUGCCUGAACGUCAUUACACAAAUUUCAGAACUCAGGGAUGCAUGCUGUUGGAACGGGAGCAAUUUCCGCCGAUCACCUCAACAGCAAAGUGUACGAAACGGCUGUAUCAGACAGAGGAAUGUCGUUGCUCACGUACGCGUACAGUCGGUGCAAUCCAAUCCACAGUGGGAGACGCCACAUUCAAUGUUAGCACAGGUGCUUACUACAAGGAAAAUGACUACGUCCGUGCACGUUGUAUUUAAUCUGAUUACAUCUUUGUGGACUCUGUGAAGCAAUAUUUGGGUAAUAAUGUUCACACAUUCCAUCUAGAAAAGAAGAUCCCGGAAUUUAUAAUUAAUGCCUUUGUGAGGAACUAGACAUCUUUCACAACUGUCUGCUACUUCACAUUUUGUAUCAUCUCCCUUACACUGUCCAAGCUUCUCAUUCGUUCUGUUGGCUGACUUUGUAGAAGAUUUAUUUCUCUUUUCAGUACAUAUAAUUCAGAUUCCACACACCUGAACAAUAUUCACAGCAUACACCAUGCAAGUGUUUUAUACUAAAUCUCGGUAGUUGGAUUUACCUUCAACUGCGCCUACGUGUUUGAUCUUCUUCAUAAACGCAAACAUUUCUAACUCCCGCGUUUUUAGAACAACAUAAUUUACUUAAGUUGUGCUUGUUGUUGUUGCUGUCGUACACUCUUCAGUUCGAAGAAUGGUUUUAUGCAGUUCUCCAUGCUACUCUAUCUAUGAGCUCUGGCUCAAUCUCCGAACAAAUACUGCAACCUACAUCCUUAUGAGUCUGCUCACUGUCUCUUGGUCUGCCCGUACGAAUUUUCUCCCCACACUCCCCUCCAAUAGUAAGUUGGUAUCCCUUGAUGUCUCAGAAUGUGUCCCACCAACCGAUUCCUUCUUUUGCUCAAAUUGCGUUACAAAUUUCUUUUCUCCUCUGUUCUAUACAGUACCUCCUGAUUAAUUGCGUGAUCAACCCAUCGAGUCUUCAUUCUUCUGUUGCACCACAUUUCAAAGGCUUCUAUUCUGUUUUCGUCUAAAUUGUUUAUGUCCACGUUUCACUUUCAUACAUGGCUACAUGCCUAGACAAGUAGUUCAAGAAAAGAUUUCCUAAUACUUACAUCUGUAUUCGAUGUUAAUAAAUUUCUCUUCUUCAGAAAUGCUUUUCUUGCCGUUGGCAGUGUACAUUCUAUAUGUUCUCUACUUUAGCCAUGACCAGUUGUUUUUCUGCCUAAAUAGCAAGAUUCAUCUACUACUUUCAAUGCCUCAUUUCCCAAUUUCAUUCCCUCAGCGUUACCUAGUUUAAUUCGACUACAUUUCUUUUUCGUUGUUUUACUUUUACUGGUGUUAUCUUAUGUGCUUUGAAGACAAUCUUCCCUCAACUGCUCUUCCAAGUCCUCUGCUGUCUCCUACAGAAUUACAAUGUCAUCGACAAACCUCAAAGUUUUUAUAGCUUUUCCCUUUUCCUACUUCAAUUUUUUCUUUGGGUUCCUUUACUGCUUCUUCAAUGUUCAGAUUGAUUAUCAUUGGGGAUAGGCUACAGCCCUGUCUCACUCUCUUCUCAACCACGACUUCUCUUUCAUGACCCUCGACUUUUAUAACUGCCGUCUAGUUUCUGUACAAGUUGUAAAUAGCCUUUCGCUCCCUGUAUUUUAUCCCUGCUACUUUCAGAAUUUCAAGAGUAUUCCAGUCAAUGUUGUCAAAAGCUUUCUCUGAGGCUACAAAUGCUAUAAAUGUAGAUUGGCCUUUCCUUAUCCUAUCUUCUAAGGUAAGUCGUAAGGUCAAGUAUUGCCUCGCGUGUUCCUACAUUUUUCCGGAAUCCCCGGGGUCGACUUCUACCAGUUUUUCCGUUCUUCUGUAAAUAACUUCUGUUAGUAUCUUGCAACGAUAACUUACUACACUGACAGUUCGGUUAUUCCCACAUUUCAUGGCAUUAUUACGUUCUUCUUAACUUCUGAGGGUAUUUCGCCUGUUGUUGCCUAUCAGUAGCGUAAUCGAAGAUUACUUCAUUUUGCAUGCUAACUGAAGUCAGUAUUACGAACUUUAGUAGAAAGGUCGCCAUGGCAAUACCGAAUAGCGUUUAAGCGGACCUCUAAUCAUAAUAGAUCUUCAACAGGCACGACGGUGAGGUUGGGGCCAGGUCUGCAACGCAGUUGACUUCACUGUGCAAAUCAAUAAAUCCUGCACCAGUGAGAGUCGCAGUACAGUACCUUACAUAAGCUGACAAGAAAAAGAAUUUUUUAACGCUGAAAAAAUCAUUUGAAAUGCCAUCGUAAACACCUUUCUUCAUUCUGGUUUAAAUACGUAGGAUAAAUGGUUGUUUCUUCCCGCUUCUCCUACUGCCAAUUACUAAACGAGUCGAGAGGAGUCGUAUCCAACGGUUUGUAUUCAUUGCGAGGCGUUACAUAUUACUGUCUGCACUAUUCUCUAGUUCCUAAUACUGAGAAUAAUAAAUACUGUGACGGAUAUAAUUCAAAACGGAACAAGACGAUGAUAGUGUCCCAUUGGUUUGGCCAUUUCCACUGAGAACCAAGGAAACAAAUCAACAAUGCCGUACGAUUUAAAUCGGUUCCUAGGAUAUUUAUCAAAAUCUCCGUAAUAGUGAUGGUUCGGAGGAAACGAGGAGUAACAAGUUAUUUCUGAUAACAGCUUCACCGAUCUCUGAUUCUAACUGCAGGAAACCAAUUUUUAAGAGACCUCGUACGAAUUGGAUUUUCUGCUAUUCAAUCGAUAUCCCUACGGACUCAACCUUCUCAAAUGUAAGGUACAACUAAAGAUAGGUGCAGAAAUUUGAAUGACUAAACUAAAAAAAGUGGGUAGGUGACUGUACGAUAAGAAAGGAAAAAACGAACACUACAUUGCGCACAGAUCCACACACGGUACAUCUCAUUUGUCACCAAACUAAUUUCCCCACACAGAAGCACCUUUUUGAAUCAAGACAAUAAGCAGACAGCAAGGAAGUUCACACGAUUGUACAUUUUAACAUCUGUAACAUACGUGUUACUUCUGUUACAUUCUGUUGUUAUUUAUUUACUGGUACAUACUGUUAAUUUGUUAUU